AUGAUAACGGUAAGCGAGGUUUCCUCUUACUGUUCUUCUUCAAACCUCGCGUCUCUAUCUCGUCUCCACCACAAAUCAUCUUCGAGAUUCCGAAGCUCUUCUGUUUACAGAGCAAGCUUCUCCGUCCCGACAAAGACCAGGAACGCCUCUAAACCCAAAUCAUGGAAUCUGGGCCUUGUUAUCAACUCUAGAAGCUCUGAAGCUUCGAUCUUUGAUCCGUUGGGAAUCAAUCCAGAUGAAACUUCUGGUCUGAGUAGCAUUUGGGAUAGCUUCCUGAGUCUUUUGUCUCCAUCAUCGCUUGAAAGCUCCUCUGGUUCCAAAAGAGAUAAGCCGUCUUCUGUUCGAGGAGUGGCAGCUGCUAUUGAAGACAGUUCCAUUGAUUUUGGAGAUUUCUUCAAAGGACCAUUGCCUGGGAAGUUUCUCAAGCUUCUUGGUUUCUUAGCUCUCUCUCGUCUUGGAAUCUACAUACCUCUAGGUGGAGUCAACCGAGAAGCUUUCGUCGGAAACUUGGAUCAGAAUAGCUUGUUGAGCACAUUGGAUACGUUUUCCGGUGGAGGCAUUGGUAGGCUUGGUAUAUGCUCUCUAGGGAUUGUCCCAUUCAUCAACGCUCAGAUUGUGUUUCAGCUUCUUGCUCAAGUUUAUCCAAAGCUGCAAGAUCUCCAGAAGAAAGAAGGCGAAGCCGGUAGGAAGAAGAUACUUCAGUACACACGAUACGCUUCAGUCGGAUUCGCUGUAGUACAGGCGAUAGGGCAAGUGUUCUACCUUCGUCCUUACGUCAACGACUUCAGCACCGAAUGGGUUGUUUCCUCUGUCACGCUGUUAACUCUCGGCUCUGUUCUCACCACAUACAUUGGAGAAAGAAUCUCUGAUCUGAAACUCGGAAACGGCACUUCACUGUUGAUAUUCACCAGUAUCAUCUCUUACUUGCCAGCAUCGUUUGGUAGAACAGCAGCAGAGGCAUUACAGGAAGGAAACUACACUGGUCUCGCCACCAUCGUUGUUUCAUUCCUCCUCUUGGUACUAGGGAUCGUGUAUGUUCAGGAAGCAGAGAGGAAAAUUCCGCUCAACUAUGCCUCGAGGUACACCAGCAAAGCAGGAGGGCUUCAGAAAUCUGCUUAUCUUCCAUUCAAAGUCAAUAGUGCUGGUGUGAUGCCUAUCAUAUUCUCAACAUCAUCUCUCGCUCUUCCGGCUACUCUUGCGCGAUUCACCGGAAUAUCUGCUCUCAAGAAUGUUGCUUACGGUUUAAACCCUGGAGGUUCUUUCUAUCUUCCAACGAACAUACUUCUCAUAGCUUUCUUCAACUACUACUACACUUUCUUGCAACUUGACCCGGACGAUGUGAGCGAGCAACUAAAACGCCAAGGUGCAUCGAUCCCUCUAGUUCGACCCGGUAAAAGCACUGCUCUCUUCAUCAAGACCGUCCUUGGCCGGAUAUCGGUUCUUGGCUCAGCGUUUCUGGCUGUUCUUGCUGCUGGUCCCGCCGUGGUCGAACAGAUCACUCACUUGACAGCGUUCAGAGGAUUUGCAGGCACUUCUGUUCUCAUUCUUGUCGGGUGCGCGACAGAUACUGCAAGAAAGGUGCAAGCAGAGAUAAUCUCGCAAAAGUACAAGAACAUUGAGUUUUAUGAGCUUGACAAGUAUGAUCCAUGA